CAGCUGAAGUAACUGACUGGACCUGGACUCAAACUGCGCAUGCGCCAAACAAAUUCGACUUCGCGGUUUCUGGGUGCAGCGACUCGCCGUAGAUUUGGCGGGUACUACAAAAGGAAAACAGAGGAAGCUGAAAAAUGGAGGAAGGCGAAGCCCCAACACUAAAGGAGACUGUUGAUAACGUUUGUGUCAAAGGAUCCCCUAAAAACCAGAAUAAUGAAGCUACGGGAGAAGUUUCCUCACAGAUGUCAAACCCUGGAUCAGUUUGUAAGCCGUCCGAGGAGGAGCCGGAAUCUCGGUACAACAGGCUGAAGCUGUUCAACAAAGUGAUGCAGAAGAGCCUGGAAAAGUUCAUAGACCAUGCCAGUUUUAACAGAUUUGCCAGCACGUUUCGACCGCUGUACAAGAAGAACCCGCAGAGGAUGGAGAGCAUCCACAAGCAGUUCAUUGAGGAGUUGCGGACGACUAUUCAGGAGGACAUCAGCAGAUUGAUUGAAGAAGGCCGGUUAGAUUUUAAACUGACUGAGCUGGACAAACUGGAGAACGCUGCCAAGAAAAAUAAAGACCCUGCAUGGCGGCCGAGUGGGGUUCCUGAGCAGGACGUUUGCAGCUUUUUGAUGCCAUACUAUCAAAAGCAGGAGGCCUACAUGCGACAGGAGCUAAAAAAGAUUCAAGCAGAGAAUGCUGCCCUAGCACAAAAGGUUCAGGCUGGUAGAGAGAGCAGUGUUCAGACUGAACAGCGUAUUUCUACUGCUGUUGAUGAGUGGAAGACAACAGUCACAGAGUUUGAAAGACUUGCAUCUUCUCUCUGCCCUGCUGAUGUCUUUGAUGUGUGAUCUUCAAAUUAUUUGACCUGCAGAUAUAUCGAUGUACAUAUUGAUCUUGUUUACUAUGCCUGUUUUUUGUUUUUUUUAAUAAACAUUAAAUCUUGAAAUAAAAAAAUGU